ACAGUUUAUAAAUCGACGUGGUUUUAAAUCUUGCGUCCAUUUUAUCUUGCAAAGAUGUAGGCCAAGAUCUUUUUGAAAAUUCGCCAUAACGACGUCACAGAGAUUCCCAACGCAAAAGGACGACGUGUGAGAGACUGAUUCGGAGACACCAAUUCCGAGACCAACGAGAGACCAACGCGUUGUUAGAUCGAAUAUCUUUCCAUGAUGAUUGUUGCAGACUACCAAAAGAUACAUUCCAAGGACGGUGAAACCUUUGUUGCAAAAUGGAAAAACUUUAAAACGGUGGCUCUCUCACUAUUUUUGUCCAAAAUUCAAGGAGUCCAGAGGAUAAAUUUACUCAAAACAUUAUUUAAUCAAAGCGAAGAUACCAAGGACGUUCUACUCUUCCACGUCAUUCACUCCGCUCUCAUCCCUAGCAAGAGAGGAAAAAGAGGAUCUUCGGGGAACUUGAAGGACGUGCAGGACUCACGGGUCGACUUCAUCAUCUCCAAAAGCAGCGUGGGAGAUUUUCUAUCGCAAUCAUUUAUCAAUUAUUUAUAUAAAUUGACGGCCAUGAACGAUCAUGUCCAUGGUCCCCCACCAUUUUAA